AUUCAUCAUAUAAAGGAAUGAAAACGAGGUCGCUAUGUGGAGUCGUUUAUCUAGUGAGGACUCACGAGUCAUGGAUUAAGGCCAUAUGCGUACAGAAAACACUCGUUCGAAUGGUCAAGGGACAGCCGUUGGAACAGCGUUGUCGCGAAGGGCUCAGCACAAAAUAGACGAGACUGGCUAAGUGCAGUAAAACAUGAGGAUGAGGCGUUGGUGGAUUCUUCUGAUUGUGUUAGUUGCGCUGUGCGCUGCUAUCAGCAUUGUGUGGAUGUGCGGCGAGAGACUGGCGCGGCUGAAAGCUCAUCUGCCUUUGAUUGGGCCUGCAAAAAGUCGAGAGCUGCAAAAGCCUUUGAAAGCUAGCAGUGCCUUGAAAUACUUGGGUAAACCCAGUCAAGCAUCCGUGUUAAAUGUGAAAUAUGAAACAAUUAAACACCCCAGUGUCGACACCAGGAAGUCACUAGUAAACUCCAAAAACGAUUUCAUAAUCGUUACAGCUUCAGACAAAGACAGCUUCAAUUCACUCUCAAAUCUGGUGGGUUCCAUCCACUUUUGGGAGCCAAAGACAAAAAUAAUCAUUUACGACAUUGGAUUGGAUGAAAAACAGCGGCACCAGAUCCGGAAGUGGUGCAUGACGUCACUGGUGUCCUUCGAUUUCUCCAGGUACCCAAAACAUGUGAAAUCUCUGAAACAGCGAGUGGUAAAACCCAUCAUUCUAAAAGAAGUCUUGGAAACCCACCACCGCGUUGUUUGGAUGGACCCCGAGGCUGAUGUGCGGGGAUCACUAACCGUGAUCAGGGAGCACCUGGAAAAAGACUUGAAUUUCUUUCUACUGGACCAAGACAAAGACAUGAGAAAGCGUUCCCACAAGGGGACGUUCAAAUAUUUCCAUAAGAAGAAGAAGGCAUUCAAAGCCAAAUCCUCUUUCUCUGAGCUCGUGAGCGGAUGGGUGAAAGGGAGCGAGGCUCACCGGAAGAUUCUUCUCACGUGGGAGAGGUGUGCACGUGACAUCAACUGCGUGGCGCCCCCUGGGUCCAAUGCACGAAACCACCGCUACACGCAAACCGCGUUGUCAAUUUUGACUUACUCCUCGCGCAUGCGCAUCACCACGCAUAACAGCCUCGUUGCCGUGCAGCGCUACCAGCUAGACCGUAACCCCAGAAACAGCAGUAGGCGGAUUAUUAAUCUCGGGAGACAGAAGAGCAAAGAUUAUAUUACCAUGAUUUGCAGGAAAAAUGAAACGACUUGAUCGAGAUAGUUGCCAUCGCUUUCGUAUCAGUGAAUGUGGCAACAGGAUUAACAGGUGAAAUAGUGAAAAAUGGCGAUAUGUUUUUUCGCUCCUUAAUUCCCAUUCAUUCUUUAAGGAGACGAUAAGAAUUUCACAUAUCAUCAUACAAUUCUUUGUAGUGACCGCUUAUGAGACGCUAUGCAAUAUUUCAUGUGACUAUAAAUUGUUAUUAUAUUAUGGUUUCUAUUCAGAAUAUACACUAACCGAGCAAAAGAAAAAAAAAAAAAAAAAAAAAAAAAGCACCAGUAUGCAUGAGCACUAUUAUUCGGCUAUUCUAUGCAAUAUGAUAUAAGCAACAUUAGAUUGGAAUGGCUUGCGAGAAUAUGACAAAAUAACUAUAA